AUGGCCAUCAGUACUCGUAUUUUACUAUUCCUUCCAGAACACACAUUCUUCCAAGGCUGUGAAGACCACACAUACUCUGUCUACGCGGUUCUUGAUGGCAACAACGUAGAAGGGCUUUCAAGCGAAAUCGUUGUCAAGGGUAGGGGAAGUAAACGCGCAACCAACCUGAAGGCUACAGUGGUUGAUUCGGAAAACGUCAGGCUUACGUGGACUGUGGAAAAUGAACGAUGCCCGACUACAGAGAUGUUUAUAGAAGCAAGGCCUGCUGAGGGAGAACUGAUCACCCAGAAGAUUGCAGACACUUUGAGAGAAACAACGCUUUCUUUGCCCACAUGUCAACUUUAUGGGAUUGUCAUCGUAAGUGGGGUGCAACCGGAGGAAAGAUCAAACCCUGUCGUGAACCUCGUGGUUGAAAAUGUUUCCCCAAAGCAUCAAAAGAUCAAGUGGACGGCCCCCUCGGUGGAAGUAGCGUGUCUCCACACCUAUUUCGUUAAACAGCUGCUCGACGGACGCCAAGUUACAGAACUGACCAUCCAACCACUUCCAAAGCAAACGUCAUUUGAGGCCCUUUUCGAAGUCUCGCCAGGAUGUAAUACAUACACCUAUAAAGUUCAGAUACGGGCAUAUCCUGGUAACAUUGAAGGCCCUGAAGUCCUGAUCGAAAAGAAGACUAUAACCUCUCCCAUUAAACCGGAGGAGCUUACUGUUACCUCGACCGGCGCUUCAGCUGAGGCCAUGGUGUCAUGGAAGUACAAUGCUCCGUGCAAAGCAACCGGAUACGAUGUGACGGUAUAUGAUGAGUCCGGGCGAAUAAUUCGCACUGAACGGUCGACAACUGAGCAAAUACGUAUCCAAAGGCUUCCGACUUGUGCCCAUCUCUUUGUCGGUGUGCGUACCCGUGUUGAUAAUAUCAGUGGUCCAGAAUCAGAAGUUAAAGAAGUCGUCAUAAAUGAACUUCAAAUGAUCGUCGAGGAUUUAAUGGUCGAAAACGUGGGUGACAAUUACCAAAAGGUUACCUGGAAACCCGCUCCCGUAUCAUCUUAUGUAUGUCGUCGAAACUACGUGGUAACACAGCUUCGUGCUGCAAGUAAUGACCAACCGACGGUUGUCAAGGUUAAAGUCGCCGAAAAAUCUGAACUAAUAUUUAAUACCCACCCCGGAUGCAAUACUUACACGUACGAGAUCGUUCCAAUUGAGGAGAGCACAGGAGAAACUAGAGGUACUCCUGCUAGCCUGACAAGAAGAUCCCAACCGCCAAAACUACAUGCUCCGACUGGGGUUGAAGUUGAGCAACAGCAAGGAGGUUUGGUUAAAAUAAGCUGGAGGAAAGUGAACCAUGAAAUAAGCUGUGGGGUUUUGACGUACGCUGUCUACGCCAACAAAACUAUGGGGAACGAUUAUACAAGGGUACCAGCGGCAGCGAUUGAGACGGAGAAAGUCGUGCAGCUUGAUCAAUGUACGGAUUAUAUCGUUUACGUUGAGUCAAUCAGAACCAUGGACAACCAAAUAGAGCGCGUUCAAUCUGAUGCAGUGCGUCUCAGAACAAAGGUAGAAAAACCUGCUCCCAUCGUUUCGCUGGCUGUAACUGAGAGUAAAGCAACAUCACAGAAACUGACCUGGGCUGCACCAACAAACCAGCUGAAAUGCGCAUGGUACGAGCUUUUGAAAGAGAAGGCUAGUAAUUCCGGCCAUCCGGUAGUCGUGCGCUUGGACCUCGUGGACACUUCAUACGAAUUCCAACACCUGACACCUGGGACUGCUUACAAGUACAAAAUUCGUGUUGUUGCUGACGGAAUUGCAGGAGACUAUUCGGAACAGGUUAUUCAAGCGACGCACACUUCCGCGGAAGAUGUUAUUGAGGGCGAAGGAAAUUCGCCCCUAGUGGUCAUCAGUUCUGUGGAUUCAAGGACAGUCUUAGUGAAGCUAGAUCUGUCCACAUUAAAUUCGGUCAAAGGCGUACAAGCAAUCACGCUCCUUGUAGAGCCACUGGUAGAACUUCCAAAAAAACCCUCACAGGCUUACAAAAAUUCAGCGUUUCCAAACUCCUUAAAUGAGGUGAACAAAAAAACGGUACCAAUACGCCCGAUCCUAUCGCUACCAGGGCCACCCGCGUACAGCAUUUCAAGAGAACUACAGAACCGGCUCAGGCCUCUCACCUACGCGCCGCAAUGUUCAGUCGAAAAUGCAGGACAAUUUCUGAAGAGAGUAAAAACCAUGAAAUUGGAAAAAGACAAAACAAUAGUGUCCUUCGACGUAAAAUCGCUGUUCAUAUCGAUUAAUCUGAAUACAGCAAAGAGGAUGGUGGCUGACCUACAGGACAACCCUGAAACCAGCAACGGAACGCUUGGAAAAGAAAUGAACAAACCACUGAAUCUAAGUUUGACAAUUUAUUUUGAGUUCAAUGCUUGGGAUCGUAAAAUCUCAAGUGGGAAGGGCCCCUGGGAAGUACUUGUUUGGCAACAGCGAAUCCAAUCGGGUGUGAAUAAUGGCCAAAUCCUGGAGAGCCACACUUUCACUGAUAUCCUCUUCCAACUUGGACGGUAUGGUGUCGGAUGUGAUAAAUCACUCCCAUGCACAAAUAUUCCACUCCUACCUGGGACGCGUUACAGUUCCAUACCCUCGAUUCUAUUCACGCCGGCUAUCAGCCUCUACGGUGUGAAUCGCAGUUCCCGUCUUAAAACUUCCACAUUCUCCAGAUCUAUUCUAUGUCCCGUGUCUAAGGCAUGUACUGCCAUCACUGAGUCUUUGACCAGCGUUUGGCAUUCAUCUGCAUUCCUUGGUGGUUUUUCCAUACCCUCGAUUCUAUUCACGCCGGCUAUCAGCCUCUACGGUGUGAAUCGCAGUUCCCGUCUUAAAACUUCCACAUUCUCCAGAUCUAUUCUAUGUCCCGUGUCUAAGGCAUGUACUGCCAUCACUGAGUCUUUGACCAGCGUUUGGCAUUCAUCUGCAUUCCUUGGUGUCCCUGGUGUUUUCAACCAGCAAGAGUUCUUUCAACUGCAUCAAAACAGCGUAGCGUUUUCUCCUUCUGAAAAGCUGCUCGAAUGUUGA